AUGAUUACCCAUCGUGCUACCGCCUCGAUCCUUCGUGGUGCUCGCACCUACGCCACCGUCGGUGGUCGUAUUGGCGAGACCAAGGUCCCCAUGUCCAACCUCGAGAAGGGCAAGUUCGUCAACUACCAGCGCAUCGAGGACAACCUCGCCGUCGUCCGUGACCGUCUCCAGCGCCCCCUUACCCUCGCUGAGAAGAUUGUCUACGGUCACCUCGACAACCCCCACGAUGCCGAGCUUGAGCGUGGUGUCUCGUACCUGAAGCUCCGCCCCGACCGCGUUGCUUGCCAGGACGCUACCGCCCAGAUGGCCAUCCUCCAGUUCAUGUCCGCCGGCCUCCCCGAGACCGCCGUUCCCACCUCCGUCCACUGUGACCACCUUAUCCAGGCCCAGGUCGGUGGUGCCAAGGACCUCGCCCGUGCCGUUGACCUCAACAAGGAGGUCUACGACUUCCUCGCCACUGCUUGUGCCAAGUACGGCAUCGGCUUCUGGAAGCCCGGAUCCGGUAUCAUCCACCAGAUCAUCCUCGAGAACUACGCUCUCCCCGGUCUCAUGAUGAUCGGUACCGACUCGCACACCCCCAACGCCGGUGGUCUCGGUAUGGUUGCUUGCGGUGUCGGUGGUGCCGACGCCGUCGACGUUAUGUCCGGUCUCCCCUGGGAGCUUAAGGCCCCCAAGGUCAUUGGUGUCCACCUCGACGGCCAGAUGUCUGGCUGGACCACCCCCAAGGACAUCAUCCUGAAGGUCGCUGGUAUCCUCACCGUCAAGGGUGGAACUGGUGCCAUCAUCGAGUACACCGGCCCCGGUGUCGAGACCCUCUCCGCCACCGGCAUGGCUACCAUCUGUAACAUGGGAGCUGAGAUCGGUGCCACCACCUCGCUCUUCCCCUACAACGACUCGAUGGCUCGCUACCUCCAGGCCACCGAGCGCUCUGAGCAGGCCAAGUACGCCCAGGCCUUCAAGAACAACCUCACCCCCGACCAGGGCGCUGAGUACGACCAGCACAUCACCAUCAACCUCUCCGAGCUUGAGCCCCACAUCAACGGUCCCUUCACCCCCGACCUUGCCACCCCCAUCUCCAAGUUCGCUGAGGAGGCCAAGAAGAACGGCUGGCCUGAGGAGCUUAAGGUCGGUCUUAUCGGUUCGUGCACCAACUCCUCGUACGAGGACAUGUCUCGUGCCAACGAGAUCGCCAAGCAGGCCCUCGACGCCGGCAUCAAGGCCAAGUCUGCCUUCACCAUCACCCCCGGUUCCGAGCAGGUCCGUGCCACCAUUGCCCGUGACGGCUUCAUCGACACCCUCGAGGGUGUUGGCGGUGUUGUCCUCGCCAACGCCUGUGGCCCCUGUAUCGGUCAGUGGGACCGUCGCGACGUCAAGAAGGGCGAGAAGAACUCCAUCAUCUCGUCGUACAACCGUAACUUCACCGGACGCAACGACGCCAACCCCGCUACCCACGCCUUCGUCGCCUCGCCCGACAUGGUCACUGCCAUGAUCUUCGGUGGCUCGCUCUCCUUCAACCCCCUCACCGACUCCAUCAAGGGCCCCGACGGCAAGGAGUUCAAGUUCCAGGCUCCUAAGGGCCAGGAGCUCCCCGUUAAGGGCUACGACAAGGGUGAGGAGACCUUCCAGGCUCCUCCUGCCGACGGCUCCAAGGUUGAGGUCAAGAUCUCGCCCACUUCCGACCGUCUUCAGGUCCUCAAGCCCUUCGCCCCCUGGGACGGCAAGGACAUCGUUGACGCCCCCGUCCUCAUCAAGGCUAAGGGCAAGUGCACCACCGACCACAUCUCCGCCGGUGGACCCUGGCUCAAGUACCGUGGCCACCUCGAGAACAUCUCGCAGAACUGCCUGAUCGGUGCCAUCAACGCCGACUCCGGCGAGGCCAACUCCGUCCUCAACCAGGUUACCGGCGAGUUCGGUGCCGUUCCCACCGUCGGUGCCUACUACCGCGACCAUGGCAUCCCGUGGGUCGUAAUUGGUGAUGAGAGAUUGCCUCAGGCAGCGUUGAUUCCUCGACAAGGCAAAGCUGACAUUGAAGAUUACGGUGAGGGUUCGAGUCGUGAGCACGCCGCUCUUGAGCCCCGUUUCCUCGGUGGCCGCGCUGUCAUUUCCCGCUCGUUCGCUCGUAUCCACGAGACCAACCUCAAGAAGCAGGGUAUGCUCCCCCUCUGGUUCGCCAACCCCGCCGACUACGACCUCAUCACCGGCUCUGACAAGCUCACCAUCCACGACCUCGCCUCGCUGGCUCCCAACAAGCCUGUGAAGAUCACCGGCAAGCGUGCCGACGGCUCCGAGUACGAGUUCGAGGUUAACCACACCUUCAAUGAGGGACAGAUCAGCUGGUUCAGAGCUGGGUCUGCGCUCAACCUCAUGAAGGAGCAGGCCGCCAAGAAGGCCUAA